GUCACUAACCACUGCUACUCUUCUCAAUCCAGCUGAUUAUCUACGAACGCCCUUCGACAUCUCGUCUCCCCGUCUCCUCAACUCACUCUCGACCUCGCAGCUGGCGACCUCCCUGACAGUCCAGCUUCUCUGCUAUAUCUAGUCACCCUCCUCGUCCCCCUGGCUGUCGAUGACCCCCGAGCAAUAACAGACCAUGUCACUCCCUCGGCUACUCCGCACUCCCUGCGCACGCGCUCUCACCUCAUCCACAUUCAAGUCGGAUUCAAUACGGCUACUGCCUUCCUAUAGACUGUUUUCGACAUCGCAUCAGCGGCUAAAGUCUCUGGCUGUGGAGGAUGACCUGUACUCCAAGCUCCCGGGCAUCGACCCGACAAAGUUGGAGGUCACAAAGACCAUCACCCCCAAAGAGCUGGUACCGAAUAAAGAUCUUGUAUUUGGGCGGACCUUUACAGACCACAUGCUCUCCAUCGAAUGGACCGCCUCGCAGGGCUGGCUACCUCCUCGGAUAACCCCUUACCAGAACCUCUCACUAGAUCCCGCGACCUGCGUGUUCCAUUACGCAUUCGAAUGUUUCGAGGGCAUGAAAGCAUACAAGUGCCUCAAAGAUAACUCGCUACGACUAUUCAGACCGGACAAGAACAUGGAGCGCAUGAAUAAAUCUGCCGCCCGCAUCGCGCUCCCCACCUUUGAAGGCGACAAGCUUAUAGACCUGAUCGGCCAGCUGUGCAAGUUGGACCAACGCUUCAUCUCCGCCGAGAAGGGAUACUCACUAUACCUCCGACCGACCCUCAUUGGCACACAAAGAACGCUGGGCGUUGGACCGCCGGGUUCGGCGCUGCUUUAUGUCAUUGCCUCGCCGGUCGGACCAUACUAUCCGACCGGCUUCAAGGCCAUCUCGCUAGAGGCCACGGACUACGCCGUGCGCUCCUGGCCCGGCGGGGUGGGCGACAAGAAACUGGGCGCCAACUACGCGCCCUGCAUCGUGCCGCAGCUGAAGGCCGCGAAGAAGGGCCUGCACCAGAACCUCUGGCUGUUCGGGCCCGAGGAGUACAUCACCGAGGUGGGGACGAUGAACCUGUUCGUGUGCAUCAAGAACAAGGAGACGGGCCAGAAGGAGCUGCUGACGGCGCCGCUCGACGGGACCAUCCUGGAGGGUGUGACGCGCGACUCGGUGCUCGCCCUGGCCCGCGAGCGCCUCGAGCCCGAAGGGUGGAACGUCGCCGAGCGGUACGUCAAGAUGCAGGACCUGGCCGACGCGGAGAGCGAGGGCCGGCUGAUCGAGGUGUUUGGCGCCGGCACCGCCGCCAUCGUCGCCCCCGUGCGCAACAUCGCCUGGAAGGACCGCGUGCUGCAUUGCGGCCUGAAGCCGACCGAGGAGGCCGGCGAGGUCGCGAGCCGGAUGAAGGGCUGGAUCGAGGGCAUCCAGUACGGCGACGAGGAGCACCCGUGGAGCUAUAAGAUCCCUGCCUGAGGAGAUGGAAAGGUGACUUUAGCCCCUCGUAGAGGAUAGAGAGGAGGGGGAGAGAGAGAGGAAUGGCAAAAGAAGAUCGGUUUUUUUUCCCCCCAUUUCUGCCCUUUUUCCUUUCUUUUUUCCUUCCGCCUUUUUCCUUUUUGUCGGGGCUGGAACGGUCUGAGCGAACCUUGACUUUCUACAUUCUACAUUUCUGUUCCCGGCGGCGUUGUUAUGUUGCAUCUACUCGGUAUAUAAGUACAUACUUGGGUGAUGUACUGUAGCUGGGCAUCCACGAAACCGGGGAACCAUCUCAUUUUUUUUGUCCCCUGGCAAGACGCCCCAGAAAACGCCCAAGAGGAUAUACUAUGUAGGUAUUACUAUAGUAGAUGGGUGCAUUCCCGCACACGUGUGUUUUGUAGAUAUGCAAAUGCCAAAUGCCAAAUGCCAAAUACGCAUGUAUGUACUA